AUUAUCAGUUUCUGCGAUGCUACUUGAAAUGCGUUGAUGGUGAAGGAAAACCUGAAAUUGACGGUGUCAGCCAUUACCGUUGUCAUCUUUGCCCAGGAAUUUGUAAACGACAUGAUGUAUUUAGAAACCAUCUUAGAAACCACAAUGAAACAACACCCACCGUAAAGGAACACAACGAAACAACACCCACCGUGGAGGAAGAGCAUCAGAACCACAGUGAGGAAAUGCCUGCAUCACCGAGUCCAGAUGCUCGCGCAAGUUUAGACAGGCAAAAUGAAUUCAUGGAUAACCAUGACCUAUCUGAUGAUGCCGUUGAGAAUCCGGAUACACAUUCGGAAGGAAAUGCAAACACCAACAGUCACCGUUGCGUCAAAUGCUCCAGAGAUUUUGCUUCUAAAAAAUCUCUCCAAAAUCAUACACGAUACUAUCAUAUUUCGCCCGAUUAUAUUAAUUCUACCAGAUACUUAGGUGGUAUUUGUGUCGAUCCAAACAGGGGUAUCUACAUGAUACGACGUUCGUUUAGUGGCACAAGUCAUCCACUCCAUGUACUACACAACUUUGGGGUGAGCGGUGGAUUUUCGUGCGAGUUAAAUGAUUGUAGAGAACUUUCUAACACAGCAAAACGAAGUGGGAAUCCAAAUUUUAUUUGUAACCAUUUGAAAAGCGUUCAAUAUGUAAACAAAAAUUCCAAUUCUAGUUAUAUUCUACCCCGAGAAUCGUUAAAAGCCCUAAUAAACAAGGUUACUUGGUCUAAACGCAGUAGAGAAGAAGAGUGCCUUAAAUUGCAAGACAACGCUCUCCAAGAGAAAGCGCCAUUAAUUGCCGAGUAUAGCGAUUCGACAAAGCCCUCAUCCAUCCGGUAUCGGCACUUUUCAGUUUACGAUGGUAACAUUCAUCAUUACUCGCGUUUCGAACGAGUCACUGUAACGUACGACUCGAAUAAAAACAAAUGGGGAUGCUCUUGUUGUAGAACAAAAGUAAACUGUGUUCAUAAAUGCGUUGCUAAAUGGUUUUUGUACGUCGAGCGGCCUGAAAAUUUACUUUUUAACGACAAUCAUCCUGAACAGAGUCAGAGUGAUAGUGAUGAUGAAAUUGACGGACCUUUUGAAGGUUUCGAAAGUGCAACUGGCACUUCCCAAUCCACUUCUGGCCCUGCGUUAAGUUAUCCACCAAAACAAGAAACAGUUUUGGCAAAGAUGGUCCUGUACCUUCAUACCGUUAAAAGGAUUCCCGUAGAUAUACCCAGAGCAAUCACGCACGAUCUGGACACAUAUCCGACUUGUCUGGUCCCGACUGAGGAGCAGUGUGCAUACUGUGAGGACGUCGAUCUCAGUUGCCCCAUUCAAGUCACGCGAAAAGGCCGAAUAUUCACAACAACGAAAGUAAUUGAAGGUUAGUUUUAAUUGUUUCACCCUAUAUACUAUACAAAAAGUGUGGUGUCGGUAAAUAAGGCAUUAGAAAUAAUUUUCUUUAAUCGCGUUUUGUACCGUUUUUACCAGGCAAAUGUAUAAUUUAAACAGACUAAUGUUAACUGCCCUGUCAAUCACAGGAAAAAGCGAAAAAUUAAGCACAUUUCAUUUCAUAUUUUUAAACAUACUUAUCUGUGUUAAAAUGUGCCCAGAAUGUGGUAUGACCUAUCGCUAUCAAGAGUAUAUACACGGAAUUCACAACUUCAACGACAGUCACUGCUUCAGCUUAAGUUUAAUGCUUUUUCUUAGAGCUUUUGUGGAGGUAAGUUGAUUUUUGAGGAGAUGAUAAACAUUUUAUUUAUACAUUGCUGCUGGUUUAUAUAAUUAAUUUAUUCACAUAGAUGAUAGCCCUUGAACUAAAACUAGUGAUCGGCAUAAUCUGUUUAAUUCUUUCAUUUGCACAACAGGAACAUACCGCCCUUGGACGAGCUGCAGCUGUAUUUUCUGAAGUAUCUGGUGUGAAAAUUGACCAAUCCAUCAUGCGUAAUGCUUAUUACCAUUUCGAAGCGUUGACAAAUCAUAGCUACAACUUCUCGUGCGUUCUUUGUGGUUACUAUCCUCCACAUCUCAACUGGGAUCUAUGCAAAAAAGGAUGCUUUUCUUUAAUGCGUAAGUGUGAUGAUUCUACAUAAUAAUAUAUAAAUGUAAAUAAAUAAUAAGAUUUCCCGAUGGAUUUCUAAAUGAAAUUAUUUUAUUCUAAGUUCUUUGUACAUGUACGUUUGCAUGGUGAUAAAAUAUAAUAGUUUUGUUUGUGGAAACAUCACGUAAAUUUAUUUACGUGGUGUUUCCACAAACAAAACUAUUAUAUUUUAUUCUAACUGCACAAUUAUAUGCCAUUAAGGUGGGUCAAUACAUGCAUGCAGUUUUUACAAUAAUGGAAAAUUCACGAUUUAGAUGCGUAUUUUUGGACAAUUACUACUUGCUGAUAAACAAAAAGUACAUUACUUAUAUAAAACAACAUCUAUAAAGAGUUUGAAUUUUUGCACAAAAGUUACGCAACUGCCGUUGCUAUGGCAACAAUGACGUUUCAAAAUGGCGGAUAUGUUGGCUUUAAAGUAAUUUAACUCGUAAACGACAUCGGCGACCCCCAAAUUUUAUUUUACAAAAUGAUUUCUCUUCGUAUAAUCAAUUAUUUUGACAGUUUAAAAUAAAUUCUGUGGAGCCAAAUUUUUUUAAAUUACGUCAAGGUGAUUAUUUAUAAUAAUUUUUUUUUGACUCCACAGAAUUUCUUUUUUAAAUUGUCAAAAUAAUUGAUUAUACGAAGAGAAGUCAUUUUUAAAAUAAAAUUGGGGGUCACCGAUGUCGUUUACGAGUUAAAUUACUUUAAAGCCAAAAUAUCCGCCAUCUUGAAACGUCAUUGUUGCCAUAGCAACUGCAGUUGCGUAGCUUUUGUGCAAAAAUUCAAACUCUUUAGAUGUUGUUUUAUAUAAAUAAGGUACUUUUAGUUUAUCAACAAGUAAAAAUUGUCCAAAACUACGCACCUAAAUCGUGAAUUGAAAUUUCCAUUUAAAAAAAAAAAACAACUGUAUUGAGCCACCUUAAAUUAACUUUUAUAGUCGAUGAUCUAGACGUUCCUCCAGAAUGCGAGGAGUCCGAUCGCGUUAAUUCACGAGACUUCUGGACCAAAAUUGAACAGAUGCAUAUUGCAAGAGGUUUAACUACAGGUAUAUAUACGUAUAUCCAUACAAAUCACUCGGACCUCCGCAUAAUUUAAUUGGAAAUAUUGUUCUUAUACAACAAAAUCCACAUCAUUCUUCUUUAAUUUAAAUACCUUCUGCAUGACUUCAUGUGUUCCUAUGGUGAUUUAUCAUAUUCAUAUGUGAUUUAUAGUGGUUUAUUCACAGGUGAUUUCCAAUAUAGUAUGGUUACUCGUGAUUCAAUGUCCAGUGUUGUCGUUGCCUGGCCUUUUGUGUCUGUGCCUGUAUUGUUUUUGUCAGUGUCCAUGUCUGUAAUAAGUUACUUCUAAAAACGUAUUUGUAUGUACUAGGCAAAGUUUCAUAAAAAUAAAAUAAAUGAAACCAGACAUUAGACCUAUAUUGUCCUAUUCACUAUAAUAUCUUAUGUUAGUUAAAAAUAUGCUAUCCUUUUCCUAAGUAUAUUCUAUUUUCGUGCAUAUAAAGAUCUGAGCAGUUUUAAUGUAAAACCGAGCUAUCAUUUCUGGGCUCCAUGGAUUGGCCCUCACACCAGAAAGGAGGACGCAGUCUUAAAUACGGAGUACCGAAAAUGCCAUCACAUCACCGAACAAGAUGUAAUAGAUCCACAAAAUCUACCAAGUUAUUCGGAAGAGGAUCUCUUGGAUAUGAUGAACUUUGCCCAGGUAAUAGUGAGCUUAAGCAAGUGUAUGACGUUUUUGUCAACACUGGACGUCAUUGUUAGAUACCGAAAUUUGGUAUAUAAACUAAUUUUGACGGCAUUUUGCAUCACAGUGCUAGUGCAAGGAAACAAAAAACUUCAAACGUUUUGUCAUAUGUGUUCCAGAUUACCAUAAACUGACACAAACGCAGUUUUUAAUCCAGUCCCCUCCCUCCCUCCCUCCCCGACAUAUGACGUCUGUGUUGACAAAACCGUCGUUUGCUUACGUUCCAUAACAACUACAGUAUAUAUACUGAACAGUCAAUGUUCCCUUGACUGAGUACAAGUAGACAAAGUAAAAGUCUAUGAACUUUCUUCAUUUACACGGCAAUCAUAAUCUGGAUACAACUGCUUAUGUGUUUGAUACAGGUAAAUGUGUUACAGAAGCUUUGCGGACAGAUGGGUGCCAAACAGAGUUCUAGAUUAACAAAACUCGAAGCUGUGGAAUAUCUUAGGAAGAAACUGAACGUGCCAGAGCAUUUUAAGAAGAUAUUCACCAAGAUAUGGGGUGCAUCAGGUGAAUUUUAGUUUUGAAGCUCCUCGAGUUUUCCUCAUUUAACAAUGAAUGAGAAUUGCACGUUAAUUUAAAAUUCAGACUCAGCCACUCUGUGAAUAGUUCCAUUUCUUCCUUGUCAAUGAAUUUCUGUUUGUAAUUUGGUAUGUAUACCGAAGACUAAUUUAUAAGGUCGAAAAAUAUGCCCCAAAAAAUGUGGAAAUUUUUUUUAGAAUGCAGGAAAGACAUGGAAAACAGAGUAUAAAUUUCAUUUCCAUAAUACUUAAAAAAUUUAAAAGACCUUAUAUGAGGAACUGUAUAUAUACGUGUAGGUUAGGAUCUUUUUCUUGCUAAAGUCACACGAUUCUCUUUAUCAAACAACAGUGUCUUUCAAAAAGGCGAAGUAAAUCAUGUUAACGUACUACAAUGGACCUUAGAAGUGCUUACGUCACGUAAUUUUCAAACAAAGAAUUGACCUAAAAUAUCCCACAAUGCACUGUGCAUUCCAUAAGCUAUAUGUAUUAAAAAUUGCUUGACGUAAGCACUUCUAAGGUCUUUUGAGACAGUCUACUUGCAAACAAAACAGAUAAAACAUGACUGCGGCACAACUCUAUUUAGAACUUCCAACUAUACAGUACUGCCAAGAAAUAACUUAUCAAAAACCGCGUCCAAGACGCGGGUAUCUUGCGUCCACUGUGCGUCCACGGGCGCCCGCGGGUGCGUCCGUCCUGCGGGCGCCGUGCGUCCGUCGUGCGUCCACUGUGCGUCUGCGGGCGCUUGCGGGUGCGUCCACUGUGCGUCUGCGGGCGCUUGCGGGUGCGUCCACUGUGCGGGCGCCAUGCGUCCGCUUUGCGUCUGCGGGCGAGGACGCAGCUCAGAAAGAGUUCUAUUCGUAGAUCGUCGGAAAUUAUCGCGUUUCGCUUUUCAUAAACAAACCGUGGGCGUCGGAAAAUAUUCAUGUUAGCUAUUUCACACCACGUUUUUUAUGCUUAUACACAAGCGUUGCAGACCUAGAAUCCUAGAUAUUUAUAUUUCUAACAUUAAACUUACCGUGAAUUUUCAGAAUUUGUGCUUCGUAAAGUUCCUUUUCGUAUUUGAUCUCUACUUUCGCACCUUCGUAUAACGUUUGCUUUAGACCCAGUAAUCUUUUAACGUUGCCGGUUGGCAAAAUGCACGUUAUAUGGUUUUAUAUGUUCUUCGAAGAAACCCAAAAUACGUUGACAAGUGAGCGAUCGAUACCUCAUUUUAUUAGUCUGAUAGUAAUACGAAUCGAGUGAUAUUAGUCUGAGCUCUUCACUUCAGCUUUAGCGAAUUAUACUGCAACUUUGAAAAUCAAGCGAUGAGUCACAGUCAUUGAACCGUGUUGAAACACAAAGACUGUUUCCUGGACAUGUAAAGGUAUUCAUUAAGGGAUUAAGAGAAGUCAUUUAUCCAGAAAUUAUAUGGUAAUUAUCAAUUUAUAUGACAUAUCACCAUGUGCAUUUACUGCUUUGGAAAAACAACACAAACUUGUUGCUGUAAAUAAAGUUAUAUAGUGGCUCGUAGUAAUGGUAUUUUAUAUGAAAAAUCAAAAGCACUAUAUAUAUAUUGUAAAUGAGCAUCUUCGUUUUAAUAUACUGACGAGUUACGGAGACAUAACAUUAUUCAAAUACAGAAUUGCAGAUGAACUAAUCGGUAAUCUACGAGGUAAGUCAGAAUUUGAGUAGCAAAUGAAUGUGUUGCGAGAUAUAUACUCGUUGUAGUCGUGAUCUCACUGAGUUUAGUAUAUGUGUCUACAUUAUAUUUAUAUAUAGUUUAUGUCUAUUUUGCGCUCCAAUAUACAGUCAUAUACGCUUCAAUCGCCACUCAAGUACGUGUGAUCGCAUUGUGAAAGCACUACGCUUACUGUAGUAUAACGUGUAACAUUAUAAAAUGGUUAUUAUAAAAUGGUUAUUAUAAAAUGGUUAGUGUAACGCUUAGGUUCAAUGAAACUCGAUUUCGGAUUCAACUUUUUAUUCUUUGCUUCUCCGAUCAGUGACACUGAUCUGUAUUCUCACGACAAACUACGAGUAUGAUGCAAACAUUAGUUCGUUUUCCGAUUAUGUUACGACGACUGCGUCCAAGCGGACGCAGUUUUUAACUGGAGGCCGGACGCGGGCGCUUUGGAGGCAGGACGCGGGCAGAGUAGACGCAAGACGCGGGCGUCGUGGAGGCCGGACGCGGGCGCUCUGGAGGCAGGACGCGGGCAGAGUGGACGCAAGACGCGGGCGCUCUGGAGGCAGGACGCGGGCAGACGCGGGGACAAGUUAUUUCUUGGCAGUACUGUAUCAUUACCUUUUCAAUUUUACAUUUUUCUAGGAGGAUGGGCGUCCGGGUCCUGCCCUCACAAUAGGAUUUACGCCAUUAAGUUUGUUUUAAGAAGUGAAGGUCCACGAGAUUACUGUGAUUUACUUCGAUCAUUCAAGUAUCCGCCGACCAUAAAUGUAUCGGAUAUUCCAAAUCGUCUGGCGACAUUUGCGAAUCGAGUAACGCCUAACUUCUUUGCUCCAAAUAAUGGGCAGUGGUUUCCUUCAACACCGGAAAAUAUCACAAUGGCAAGUGAAGGGAAACUUCAAAAACAGCUAGAAUGGACUUACGUUUCGGCAAACACAGCUGUUGAUCAAAAUGUUCACCCAGUUACUGGAACAACAGAGCGAUACUCCCUAUAUGAUCGAUUCCACGAGAAGAACUCCACCAAUCCAUUUGAUGUUCUACGACGCUUAACUCUUUGUCCUCAAAUACACGCAAAUAUCAAUAGUGAGUCGCACGAACAGCUGCAUCAGGUCUUUAAUAAGGAUAAUUACUUCUUGAAUAUGAUGAACCCUGCAACACAUGUAUUUAUGAAGCGUCUUCUUGUCGACCUGCGAAACGAAAAAAGGAAUCAGCGAGAGAAGACAAGACAGGCAGUUGUCAUGAAAAGAAAUGGUGUAAUUGGGCAAAUGGUAUUGGAUGAGAUGGGCAGAUUGAUGAUCAACUACGAGACAAUCAACGAAGGUAAAGCUAUAUGGGUGACAACCUCUUAGAAAUAUGUUCGAAAAUCUGACAUUUCCCUCGUUUUAUUCCUGUGCGACUUAACCAUUUCCACUUCCUUCCCACCUUCCCCCUUCUGUUUGUCUCAUGCCUUUUCUUUCCAGCUGUAAUUCAUUUCAUUAUAAUAUAUUGCGUGAUUUGUAGAUUUCGGUUUUGGGGUCGAUUCACCAGCAACUGGCGAAGGAGACAUCGUUAACAGUACUGUUAUGAGCGAAUGCACAGAACAUAUAAACUUACAAAAUCAAGACAAAAAUGAUCAGUAUCAUGCACCAAGGGUAAGAAGCGAAAGACUUCCUGGCUAAUUAGCCAUUCCGAUGUUGAUGAGUGGACUGGGGACGAGUGUUAAAAAGUGCCAAAAUUAAGAAAUGAACAAAAUCACUAAAAAGACCACCUCAAAAUAAGUAAGUAUACAAAGUUUGAAGACGUUUACAUAAAUACCCUUCGAAUAAAAAAGCUUUUUAAAAUUGUGAAAUUACUGAUUAAAAGACUGUUUUUGGGACGCGCGUCUCCAAAAACAAAAAUUACAGUAUUAAAAUUUCAUAGUAAAUAUCGCGAUUUUCGAAAGAUUAUUAUUCGAAGGGUAUUCAUGUAAACGUCUUCAAACUUUGUAUACUUACUAAUUGUGAGGUGGUCAUUUCAGUGAUUCGAUUCGUUUCAUUUCUUAAUUUGGGCACUUUUUAACACUCGUCCCCAGUCCACUCGUCAACUUCGGAAUGGUUAAUUCACAUAUAAGUGCGCACCAUUACAAGAUAAAAAUACGAACACAAAAGUUUCUCCAAAUACCGUCCAGGUUAAUCUUCAAACGGUCAUAGAAAACUUUUGCCAAUGCGUCCCGAUUCCCGGUCGCCCCUCUUUGUACCCCUCCCUCCUCUUGUAUCCACCACCGGUUUGCAGAGAAUGACAGUACACAGAGGAAAACUAAUACAUAAAUUAAGAAAUAAUAUGUAGCUAAAUAAGAAAUAAAUCGUCAUAUAGCCCACCUCAUAAACUAACCAUAUUUAUUCCUUGUAUAAACUAAAGUACAAGAAACAUUGUACCAUUUUAAUUAAUACUCGUAAAAUACGUAAUUAGUCUUUCUUUUUUCCUACAAAGGGUUUGAAGAAUCCACCAAGAGAAAAUCGAUGUUACAUAAAUUGCUUACUGCAGUGUCUAGCAUCAUGUAUUUCUCUGGACUCUCCAGGCGGUGAUGACUUUACGUGGUUGUUGUACUAUUUAACACGAACUCAUAUCCACGUGAAACAAGACGAAAUAUCGCUGAAAAUGUCGAACCUUGCUUCCCAAAUUAUCACUUCAAACGAUCAAGACGACCCAGGCGACUUCUUUUACAGUCUUCUUCGAUACAUGUCGUCAAUUGGUCAAGACACACUCCAAAGGUAUAUAAUAUUAUAUAAUUGAACGAAGUUAUUUAUACAAUACAGUACGACGAGUAAGCGGAAAAUGUUGAUGAAUCUCGAACAGUCUGUGCAAGUACAGGUAGUGACGGUAAGAGAGAAAGCUGCGGAGUGAGAGAGAUACAAGAUACCUGAAAAAUACAAGCAGAACUAUAACCUCUCUCAAUCCGCAUCUUUCCUUAAAAUGGUCAUUAACUGUCUAUAUAUAUAUACCGUGACAUUUGCGUGCAAAGAAUCGCGCAGUUUUCAUAAAAGUUUUGUUUAAAAACUACCAUCUUGAAUGUAAUUGUGUAAAAAGUUUCAAAAUGCAAUUUAUCUUUCAGUUAGAAUAACUAACAUUUCCUAUCGUUUUCUUCACUUAAGUCUUAACUUCAAUCUUCAUAUAAUUUAGUACGUGCUAUGGGAUUGAAAGGGUUCAAAUGGUAUGUCGAUCCUGUGGAAAUUACAGCGAAAGUCGAGAAGUUCCAGUUACUAUUUGGAAUCUACCUAGUAGUCGAAGAGACCUUCAAACGGUAGAGGAAAAGCUACAGCAGUACUUUGAGCACCAGGAAAAACAACUGAACGUUGACUUUUGGUACGUAUAAAAAUAUCAGUAAAGUUUUAAAUUUAAUAAAGUAACGCUAAAAGUAAAGUAAAAAUAAAGUAAAAUCUUAUGUAAACUAUCCUAUCCGACAUACAAUUUGCCAUGGUUUGCAGUUUAGAAUUAAGAUUGUAAGAAUCGAUGCGAACUUUGUAUAUAGUGUGGACUUUUUUAUGCGAUUCCACAGUUAGGUGAUUUCCGUACCUUAAAUUGAUAAUUGAAUUGUAGACUGGACAUCGCGUCUUAUCGUAAAGUUUUGUUUUGUUUGAAUAAAUCAAUCUACAAUUCAAUUAUCAAGGUAUUAUGCGGAAAUCACAAACGUAUCACAGGGGGAGGCCACCUCAUGAUGCAAAGAGAUUAUAUAUUGAGUAAUAUUAUUGUUAAAUUAUUAGAUAGGACUAGAAUAUAGAUGUGCUUAAUUUGUGGCACACCACAUUUGAUACUUUGUAGAGAUGAGGAAACAUUGAUGUAUUAUUUAAAACAUGAGCAGCAGUGUUUUAUCAGACAGGUUCAAAAACGAUCGAUGUAGUAACUAGUAAGUUCAUUGGCUAAGUAAUUUUCAAGUCGAGAAAAUCAAAGUUAAAUUUAUGUAAAUCAAGGGAAAUCUCUAUCACAUAUAUUAUACGAGAUAUGACACACUUAUAAUUUUUCUUUGUGUUUUCCUCAUGAAUUAUUAAUGAGUUUUUGAAAUAUUGUACAAAUUGUUUGCGGUGAAGAAAGUUAACUUUUUAUUCACUUUAGUGCCAGUCCACGAAUUCCACAGUCAUGCUCAAGUUUAGAAAAUCAAAUUUCAUGAUUUAUCAAACGCUUUAGAUGAGUCUAAGAAUACUCCAGCAUGCAGCGGUCAAUUGCUGAUGCUAAUAUUGUUAAUCAAGUGAACAAAUUAUAAAAUUGUAUUUUAAAAGCUGUUCUUUACCCCAUAGUAACUGUUGUGAAAAAGAGAAAGAUAUUGUGGAAUUACGUCAGCCAACAAAACUACCUUCAAGUCUCAUCUGUAACAUUCUUCCAGUGGACAAGCAUGGAGCAAAACUACGAACUACA